AUGUCCAAGAACGCAUGGCGGCCGUUGAGUACACCGUCAAAGCACUCACAGUUCUCCAUGGAUCUCUUUGAUCAGUGGCGAGAAGAACAGAACAAAGCCAUCGCAGAGCGUGGCACUGAUGCUGACCCUGCUUUGGAAGAGGAGCACAACUCCUUCAUGAUGCGCCAGAAUCUCAAUGCGUACAUAUGCUACAAGCAGCUUGAUGACUACACGGCGUGUUUGGAGAAACACCGCCUCAUCGAACAUGGCGACAAAUCCCACGAGAUAAACACCAAAAAUGGCAUAAAUGAGAAGAAAUGCCGCCCCACCCACAAAGCUUACGUGGGGUGCAUGGGCUCACAACAAAACCAAGAGACACUUUUGCAGAACGCUGCACUGCACCCCAAUUGCACCACUUAUCGAGCAGCUUUGAUGGAUUGCUACAAUGCAAAUCGUGAAGUAGAGACAAAGACAUCAGAGCCGCAGUGCAUCUUGUCUUAUCACCGCCUGCUGCGGUGUGGAUUGAAUCACUUGUGGAAUGAUUAUUGGCGUGCACUGACCAAGUUUGGUGAGGCUGAGGAUUACCACCUCUAUGAACUCUCGCGGGAUGACAACAAAAAACAGGAGUUCCUGCGUGUGAUCAACUCAACGGCGGAGCAGCAACAUGAGUACCUGCGGAGGCAGCGCGAGCAGGAGAAGGGCUAUUGGCUCCUGCGCCCAGGUGAGAACGGUGAUGGUGACGGUGACGGUGCAGCUGCGUAG